UUCUAGCUGGACCUUGACACGUGUGUGUGUGUGCAGGCAGAGCAUGAAGAAACAAACUUCAUCUUGAUGUCUUACACAGGAGUUGCUGGGAGAGCCUACAGAAGGCCCGCAUGGAGAAAAUGAUAUUACUGAGGAGGAGAACAAAAUCCUGAACUAACAAAUUCACAGAGGGCUCGUUCACUCAGCUUUUGUUGGUAUUGUUGCACGGCUGAGUUUGAACACAAGGCAAGAGGGCUGAUGGGAUGGAGGCUGACUUGCACCAAUGUCUAGCCAGUUGGCUGAGUUUGACGUUUGGAAGGAAAACGGGGAUGGAUGACUCUCCUGAAACAAAAUAAAAUGUAAAUGUGAAUGUAUUUUUAUCCAUGUCAGUGGACGGAGAGAGGACUUAUGGAUUCUGAAGAUGUUCAGGCCUGCUCAACAAAUGUGAUGGAUUACAGGGAUGUUAGCCGAAAGACUGAACUUGAAUCCAGUCCUGAAUCUACAAUGGCUAAGACAUUUAAUUUAUCAAGUGACUCCUUUGAGAGCUCAGCAGAUACCCCACCGAGAGACGGGCAACUUUCUGCAUCACCUGACUCCGACGGUAUUCCCAGCCUGAGUGAAAGAGAAGCCAGAGGCUCCCCUUACAUCAACACAGACCACUAUCUAAACGAACAUUCCUCUGUGGGCAACAGCCACACUUCCACCUCAGCACAGCAGGAUGUUCUCACCGUUGUAAUUUCAAAUAUGAAUGAAACAUUUAUUAACGCACCUGUAAAUAGAAGUCCGAAUUCCCAGGACAAACGCUUGAGCCGUGCUCAUCAUGGACAAACUGGACCUGAGACGGAUGAGAGUUUUAGUAAACAUGGAGAACAAGAUGAUCAGAAUGAGGAGAUCGCCUCAAACGUGGCUGGAGGAGAAGGCCAGUUGAGUUCAAGUGACGCUUCCUGUUGCAGAUGCAGUGGAAAUGGGCACAUCUCACUAAGCUCUGGAGAAAUGGUGGUGAGGAGUCACAUUUCAUGUCUGGAGGAUCAAUCCCUUGUAAUAUUCUCCUCGAUGGAGGAUUCAAGCGUUUCUCCUAAUGCAGGCUCCAUGUCUAUGGCUUUAGAGUGUAUCAUACCAGAUGCUUGCAAAGCAUCCACAGAACAAGAGACCAAGGAAAGCUUGGGACAUCCUAGUCUUGGUGUGACUUUCAUCCAGGCAAACAGUUUGGAGAAUCUCAAUGAGGAAAUUGAUACGUCAGCAUUCAGCUCCCAUGUACUACUGCCAAAUGAAGGUGGUCUCCUCUCGACCUUUAUUUUUGAAACACCAACCGACCAGACAAACCAGGUCAAGCCUUCCAGUGCUGACGCAGAGCUUCUGCCUCAGGUUACAGAAGAGUCUACUUCAGAACUUGGCAAAACCUUCGGGUCCGCUGUGUCAGGAGUGCAGAACAGCGAUGGCGACAUUCAGACGUCCACUCCGGUGCAAUGCAUUGCGAGCGAGAUGCCUGACUUCUACAUGUCUCCUUUCAAUGAAAAUGUUGACAGCCCAAGUUUGCAGCUUGAGAAAAGGAAGCAAAUUGUUGUUGCCUCUAAAGAGCAUCCAGUUGCAGGAAUCACACCAUCAAUCUGCAAAGUCAAGAAAACAGAAUUACAGAAGGUUCCCAAAUCCAACAUUGAUACUGUGAAAUUUAAAGAUUUAACUAGAAUGGCACAGCAAGCAGCUGCACCAGGCACUGAUAAACUCCAAAAGACCCUGCAGGUUAAAAAAAAUGGUGACGUUAAUAAAAAAAACACUUUUAGGUUUACCACUGCCAAAGAUAUGGGUAAAAAUACUGGCGCCUCUUCUACCUCUAAAACAUUUGAUCCUAUUGGACAACUUAAAAGAGCUACUACUUCAGGACUAACUGGCAAAUCUUCACAUAGGUGUGAUGCAGUAUCUUCACCUGAUCUCCAUCCAGCUGUCCAAGACUAUGUUCCAGAGGUCCAGUACAGUGAAGGCAGCUUUGAAGGGAUGCCAGCAACCACCAGCCAAGUAUCCAAGGAAUCAGCGCAACAUGCUGGCGGCCUGAGCAGCACUUCAGCUGCAGAAAUGUUGUCAUCUAGACGGAGCCAAGUGGAUCUCAAACCCACUCCAAAGAAGGGUGUUUCAAUCAAAACUGGGGUCAGCUCAGGUUCCGCUGCAGGUCGAGACAGGAUGUGGGCUCGUCGCUACGCUGAGGGUUUGCCCAAAGACAAGAAAGGAACUCAAGGGGUUACGGCUGGUUUUCCAGCUUCUCGAGAUCAUGGUGGCAAGAAUGCAACUGAAGGAGGCAAUCCAAAGUGCCCUUCUCAACUUAAACAAGUUGAGGAAGCAAACAGUCCUGCUAACAACUCAGGAGAAGUAAAGAAGAUCAGUUUGGUGGCAGAAGCCAGCAAGUCAGCAGGAGCUCAGCUAAAUGAAAAUAAAAGUAGAUCUCAACAUCCUGGUUCUCCCAGCCAAGGUAGAGGAGCACCACUUCCCCACCCUCCAGCUGCAGGUCCCAGACUCACCCCUCUGUCAGCCAGGUCCAAACAAGGAGCCCUGGGAAUGACUGGGAGCAGGAUCACAAGAACUGUUGGGAAGCCCCAAAGAAGCACAAGUAUUGAAGGCAGUCACAAAGCCGUGGGAACAGAGGAGACAUCCACAGGCAGUAAGCUCCAUCAAAAUGCACCCAAGCCUCCUCAGACUCCCGGUCGCUCCUCACUCAUGGGGCCCCCUUUGGUUCCUGUUAGACCCCCAAGGAGGAUCCCGGGUCUGAGUCAGGAUUCUAAGAAUACACCAGUUUCCGGAGGAGCUGCCCAGAAAUCAGCACCAUUUAAAUCUUCUUUGCUGAAAGCAAAGCUUGUUUCAGCUCCCUUAAGGAACAAUGGAUCAGCAACCUUGACUGCAGCUCCCACAAGCAAGGGAUCAUCAAUCUCUGCAGCCACUCCGCUGAAAAAGACACAUUAUGGAAGACUUGUUGAACAUACGCGCCCUAUUUGCAGCCUUAUGGUGGUUCCAGACAUCCUCCUGCUCAGUCCAUUUCACUUCAACUCGACUCAUACAGUGGACAAGAACAAAGCCAAGACCGUCUCCAGGCAGCAUCAACAGCAGCCUUCCCAACGAGCAAAGGCCUCUACGUCUCGGACUGCGGCACAGGACGAGAAGAGAGAACGGACAAUCCAUCAGCUCAAAGGGCUCCUGACAGACGGCAACUGUAGGUUCCAGGCACUGGCCAUCGUUCUGCAGCAAACUUUGGCUCAGCAUGAUGAUGCCACCACGCAGUGCAGAAAGCUGUCUCAGGAAAUGGUCAGCCUUAAAGGAGAGCUGGCUUGUUCUGUCCACUCGUCCGAGUGCCUGGAGAGGGAAAAGGAAGCGUUGCGUGCCGCUCUGCAGGAUGCGACACGGAGGCUGCAGGAAGAGCACCAGCAGGAGCUGGCUAACCUGGAGCAGAAGCUGCAGGCUGUCCACAAGGCUGAAUGGGACCAUCUCCACCUCAACUACCUAGAGGAAACAAACAAGUACAAGACUCUCAUGCAGCAGCAGAUGGAAGAGUUGAAAGCCAAUCAGGAAGCCAUGAAGGAGCAACUAGAGAGCAGCCAUGAAGAGCAGCUGCAGUCUGUUAGGCAGCAGCAUGAAUCGUCUUUGGAAGAACUCAGGAGAGUCCACACUCUGGAGCUGCAGUCUUUGGAGCAAGAACUAAAAGAUUCAGAAGCUGCUCUCUCUGCACAGAUUGAGGAGCUGACAGUAGAGAACAAUGUCCUGUUAGAGAAGCUAGCUGCAGAAAAGAGCAGGAGGAGGGAGCUGGUAGAAAACACUCAGAAGGACUCUCACACUCUGUAUUUGGAGCAGGAGCUGGAGAGUCUCAAAGUAGUGCUGGAGAUCAAAAACAAACAGCUGCACAAGCAGGAGAAAAAGCUCUUGGACGUCGGCAAACUGACGGAUAAAAAGGUGCAGUUGGAUGAAAUGCUCAUAAAGGUCCAGCAAGAAAAUGAAGACCUGAAGGCCCGAAUGGAAAGGCACGCUGCUCUGUCCAGGCAGCUGUCCACGGAGCAGGCCCUGCUGCAGGAGUCGCUGCAGAAGGAGUCCAAGGUGAACAAGCGGCUGUCCAUGGAGAACGAGGAACUGCUCUGGAAGCUGCACAACGGAGACGUCGGCAGCCCCCGCAGGCUGUCCCCCAGCCCCACCUCGCCCCCGCCCCCCUUCAAGCUGCAGUCGCCCCGCGCCUCCGGCUUCUUCUCCAGCCCCCCCGUGUCCCCCAGAUAGCGGCGGGCCCCUGCUUCCAGGAAGCAAAAGCAACCCGGGUUGAGCUUUCCUCCUGGAACGAAAAGCCGAUUGAAUCUUGCCAGCUCGAACCUCGGCUCUUCAAGGACUAGAUGAGCGCCACCACUUCCUGUAUAAAGAUGCUAAAUACCAUAAAGAGAAACGUUGCACAGAAGCACUUAAUGCCACCUUGUUGUUUGCCUUUGACAACUGAUCAGAUGGAGGCUGAGGAGAAAAAUCUCAGGACUUUUAUUAUUACUUCUACCGUUUUUGUUGUUGUCGUCAGAGGCUCGUCUUCCCUAAAGCUCAUGAUUUAGCCUUUCAGUGUUGAUGAGCUUUUGUGUUUUUUUCCUGAGUCUGGACUCCACAGCCAUGGAAAGUCUGACUUCAGGAUAGCUAAGGGUGUAAAUAUUUAUUCAGAAUGUCUAAGGAAUCCAUUCAGACUUCAGCACCUUUUGUCACAAGUUAACUGUAGUUUCAUACGCUGGCCUUCAACACCCAUUUCCUUAAGGUUAUUUCUGUUCACAGGGUGUGUGUGUGUGUGUGGUUUCUUUUAAGCCUGCACAGCCAGCUGAGAAAAAGCUUUUUAAUGUUUCUGCUUUCUUUGACCAGGAGACCAAUCGGAGUCCCGUCUGUGACCUCUUAAAGGAAGAGUUAGCUUUAAGGUCAGGGUCCUGUUUCUGGGUUUACACUCACGGCUUUGCUCACAUCAGGGACACUGGAUGUUUCAAAGGGUGUGAAUAUUUUGUGUGUGGAAAUAUGACAGAUGUGUUUACCCUUUUUUGAAAUAUGCAAUUAAUAAACUCUUUUAUUAAACCUGAA